AGUGGCUCAAGCUCGCAUUUUGGCUUGAAAAGAUUCGUUGAUUCGUUUAAGCGGCCAUCAGCCAUGGCGGAGCAUCCAAAGCUAGGAGUGCGACUGAACAGGAUUUGUUGCAUCGGUGCUGGCUAUGUGGGUGGACCUACCAUGGCAACCAUUGCUUUGAAGUGCCCUCAACUGGAGGUGGUGAUUGUGGACAUGAACGAAGAUCGCAUCAAGCGGUGGAACAGCGAUGAACUGCCGAUCUAUGAACCCGGUCUGACGGAAGUGGUGAAGGCAUGCCGUGGCAAGAAUCUGUUCUUCUCGACCGAUGUGAAGAAAGGAAUCGAGGAGGCGGACAUCAUCUUCGCUUCUGUGAACACUCCCACCAAGACACAAGGUGUGGGGAAAGGACGCGCAGCAGAUCUGCGAUUCAUCGAAAGUGUGGGCCGCACCAUCGCGCAAUAUGCCAAUCGCAGCAAGAUUGUUAUUGAGAAAUCCACCGUACCCAUCAAGACAGCUGAAGCCAUUGCCCGUGUGUUGUCAGCCAAUGAAGCUGCCGCAGGCGGCAGUAAGAACUUUUGGAUUUUGUCGAACCCUGAGUUCCUAGCAGAGGGCACAGCCAUGAAAGACUUGGACGAACCAGAUCGAGUGCUGAUUGGUGGACAAGAUCAGGAUGCAAUUCAGGUGUUGGCCGAUGUGUAUGCCAACUGGGUCCCGAGGGAUCGAAUCCUGACUACCAACCUCUGGAGUUCGGAGCUGUCGAAAUUGGUUGCCAACGCUAUGUUGGCCCAACGUGUCAGCAGCAUCAAUUCCAUCUCUAGGUUGUGUGAGCGAACUGGAGCAGAUGUGAAGGAGGUAGCGCGUGCCAUUGGCACAGAUUCCCGGAUUGGGCCAAAGUUCCUCAAUGCUUCAGUGGGCUUUGGUGGAUCUUGCUUCCAGAAGGACAUCCUGAAUUUGGUCUACAUUUGCCAGCAGUUUGGCCUAGAGGAGUGCGCUGCAUAUUGGCAGCAGGUGGUGGACAUGAACGACUAUCAGAAGACAGCCUUCACUAGCAAGAUCAUCCAGUCUCUCUUCAACACAGUGACCAAGAAGAAAAUCGCCGUUCUUGGCUUCGCCUUCAAAAAGGACACAGGUGACGUGCGCGAGACUCCGGCCUUGAUGGUCUGUGAUAUGCUGAUGAAGGAUGGCGCCAUAGUGCAUGUCUAUGACCCCAAGGUGGUCAUAGAAGAUGCCUUGACAGAGUUCAAGUAUCAUGACCUGGAAGUCAAUACGAAUCAACUUAUCUUCUCCAAGAGUCCACAGGAGGCUUGUGAUGGUGCGCAUGCUAUCGUCGUCCUGACAGAAUGGGACGAAUUCAAGACCUAUGACUACAAGAGCUUCUACGACAAGAUGAUGAAACCAGCAUUCCUCUUUGAUGGCCGCAACAUGUUGGAUCAUGCAGCCCUGGUGGACAUCGGAUUUGAAGUGCACGCGCUCGGCAAGGGACAGAUCAAAAGUUCCGGAGGUCAGUCACAGAUCCCAGACUUUGUGACUAGAGCUGGAAGUGGUCUCCUGUCUGGUGGCUAUUCUCCAUAGUAUGCCAAGGACAUGGAUGACAUGGUGCUUGACCUGUCCAAGUUGUGGAGUUGCAGCUUGUACAUUAAUCCCCGUCUCAUGAAUGCAGAGACUUCCCCAACAAUCGAUUUGAUCAGUGUUCCCUGCUGCAUUGUUUCACCAUCGGCGCAGCAGAUGGCCAUUUGUGGCCAGAAGGACAAGGGAAAAAUGCAGGAG